AGUGAAUGUCAAAAUACAAGUACUUAUUCAAAUUAAUCAUUAUUGGAGAUUCAUGUAUAAUUGAUAUUAACAUAUAGAUGUUGGGAAAUCAUGUCUUCUUUAAUUAUUUUUACAUGAUCAACCUAGAAAAGAACAUGAAGCUACUGUUGGAAUUGAAUUUGGUAUUAAGGAUAUCAAUAUCUCUGGCUCUAUUAUACGUCUCUCUGUAUGGGAUACAGCAGGAUAAGAGACAUUUCGAUCUCUCAUUCGUGCAUACUACCGAUCUGCUAUAGGUGUGCUCCUAUGUUAUGAUUGUUCUAGUAUGUAAUCAUUUAAUGGAGUCGAAUAAUGGGUGCAAGAAGUGAAUAACAACAGCAAUGAGAGUAGAUGCUUCAAUAAUUAAAGAUGUUGUAAUUGCACUUGUCUGCAAUAAAAUUGAUCUACAAGAGUAUACAGAUCCACUUCAAUUAUUUUUAGACGAUAAGUGUCAUCCAUCCAAGGAAGAUAAUACGCUGUUGAUCAUGGUUACCUCUAUGCUGAAGUAUCUGCUCUCAAAGGACUUGGUGUUUAAUAACUCUUUCGUGAUAUAGCCCUAGAAAUCAUUAAAAGAAUUAAUACUUCUAUGAUAGAUUUGGGAAAACAUGUAAAAUUAAAUGUAACUAGUAGCAAUAAGGUAUUGUGAUUGGAUAGUCAAAUCUUUCUCCUUCUAAAUAAAUUAUCAAUUUAGAAUAAGAAGAAACUCAAUAGUAG